AUUGUAAUUGAAUGUGUCUUGGAGAAAGUAAGGACAAGGUGGGGAUAGGCUUAGCCAGUCAGUCUGUGUUUGUGGAAGCUAAGCUCUCAAACUCUCACUUUGUUAUUUCUUCUUUUCUUCUUCUUGUUUGUGUUGUUGUUUUUGGUGGUUAAGAUUGAAUGGCUGCUGCUGCUGUUUUAUCUCUUUCUCUACCUAAGCUUAAUGUAAUUAAAGCUUCUUCAGGCAGUAGUACUACUUUUGCUCCAGAGAGUCUUGAAGAGAAAUUUGGUCGUAAAGGCAUCAAGUUUUCAGAUGGAGGAACAGUUGAGCUUACUGUUAGAAAUGGAAGUUCAGUGAAGCUACAAAUACCAAAUGCACAUAUCACUUCUUACAAGCCUAAAGUUUAUUGGAAAGAUGAUGGCUUUGAGGAAGUUCUUUACACUCUUCCUAAUUCCAGAGGUGGCAUUGCUUUGGUAAUCAAUGAAAUCUUGGAGCCUAAUCCUAAACUGCCCGUCCCGAAGACAACAACACCUUCUGAUCAAUGGACUCUCACAGAUGUUGAUUCUGACUCUAUUGAUGCUCUACAGGUUGAAUUGAGCUGCAGCCGAGGGAGUCUAGAUAUUAACUAUGUGGUGUCACUCUAUCCAUUGAGUAUGGCAACAGCAGUUAUAGUGAAGAACAAUGGCCGAAAGCCUGUCAAGUUAACGACAGCUAUACUAAGCCAUUUGAUGUCUAAGACAAGAAAGGGAACAGGAAUACAAGGACUCCGGAGCUGUACUUAUUGCACACAUCCUCCAUUGUCUUCUUCCUUUGAAAUUUUAUCUCCAGGGGAAGCUAUGAAAACUGAGGAACCCGGUAUGUUCUCUUUUGGUUGGGAACCAGAGAAGAAGCCCGGCAUAUGGUCUACUCAAGAUGUGCCCAUUACUGUCCUCAAGCACAAACUCAGUAGACUUUACAGUGUCCCACCACAAGAAAAAGCAAAGGAUUUUUAUAAUUCAAUACCUUCAAAAUACGAAACAAUCGAUCAGGGUCGUGAGCUCUUCUUCAGGAUAAUACGUAUGGGCUUUGAAGAUAUUUACGUAUCGAGUCCAGGUUCAUUUUCAGAAAAGUAUGGGAAGGAUUACUUUAUCUGCACAGGCCCUGCUUCAAUGUUGGUUCCUCUUGUUGUGAAUCCUGGUGAAGAGUGGAGAGGAGCACAAGUUAUUGAGCAUGAUAAUUUAUGAUUGUCCUCUAGAACUUCAGAACUGGAGUAACAAUUUUUUUAAAUGUACAUCUUUAUUUUACAAGCUUUCUGUACCUCCUGAAUUUAUUCAUCAAGAAACAGCAAUGCCAAAUGUACUUGGUUAUUCCUUU